AUAAUUGUCAAUUUACUAAUUAACUUAAAAUCAAAGCUUUAUAAAAGCUAUUUCUACACAAAGUUCAUCUAUCAUCAUACAAAAUGUUAGUGCCGUCGGAUAUGAUAGCGGCACAAUCCAAAAUGGUCUAUCAAAUGAACAAAUACUGUGCAGAUCGUGUGCAAACACGCAAAGCCCAGAUACACAAACAAAUCCUGGAGGUUUGUCGCAUUGUACAAGACGUCCUCAAAGAAGUCGAGGUCCAAGAACCCCGUUUCAUAUCCUCCCUCAACGAUUACAAUGGUCGCUUUGAGGGUUUGGAGGUCAUAUCACCCACAGAAUUCGAAAUCAUCAUAUAUCUAAAUCAAAUGGGUGUCUUGAAUUUUGUCGAUGAUGGCACACUGCCUGGCUGUGCGGUGCUGAAGCUCAGUGAUGGCCGUAAACGUUCCAUGUCUCUAUGGGUAGAAUUUAUAACAGCUUCCGGCUACUUGUCAGCCCGUAAGAUACGUUCACGUUUCCAGACGUUAGUUGCCCAAGCUUGUGAUAAAUGUGCUUAUCGAGAUAUUGUGAAAAUGAUUGCCGACACGACCGAGGUCAAGUUGCGCAUACGCGAAAGGAUUAUUGUACAAAUAACGCCCGCCUUCAAGUGUGCCGGUCUUUGGCCACGUUCUGCCUCACACUGGCCCAUACCGGGCAUACCAUGGCCACAUCCCAACAUUGUUGCAGAGGUUAAGACUGAAGGUUUCGAUAUGUUGUCGAAGGAAUGUAUUGCGUUGCAGGGUAAAAACUCCGCCAUGGAGGGUGAUGCCUGGGUGCUGAGCUUUACAGAUGCCGAAAAUCGUUUAUUACAAGGUGCCAGCCGCCGUAGAUGUUUAAGUAUUUUAAAAACCCUGCGUGAUCGUCAUUUAGACCUGCCCGGCAAUCCAGUGACUUCGUACCAUUUGAAAACAUUGCUGCUGUACGAAUGCGAAAAACAUCCCCGGGAAAUGGAGUGGGAGGAGAAUUGUAUUGCCGACCGUAUCAAUGGCAUAUUUUUGCAAUUAAUCUCAUGCUUACAGUGCCGCCGUUGUCCACAUUAUUUUUUGCCCAAUAUGGAUUUAUUUAAAGGCAAAUCGCCGGGUGCUUUAGAAAAUGCCGCCAAACAAGUUUGGCGCCUAACACGCAUAAUGUUAACAAAUGCACGAUGUCUAGAGGAAUUGUAAGCUCAAUAGAAGAAAAACAGUUGUGCACAAAUUGUAUUUACUAGAUUCAUACAUAAUUAGAGUACUCAAAAGCCCCUUUUGGGGCACUCUAAACAAACAACAAACUCAAAGAUAUUGUUAACAAAAGAAAAGAAAAAACUUAAUUGUAUAAUAGUUAAACAACAAAUUUUUGCUUAUUUAAUUUAUUAGAUUUUUUUAGUUUGUAACUUUUAGUUUUAGUUUGUAGGUAAAU